CUGCCGAGUUGUUCUCAUACCUCAAGCUGCAACGGCAGCUGUCUUUGUCUCUGAGAACCGUUGGCAGCAGCGAUAUAUGCACCGCUGUCUGGGAAGACCUGCGCAUCUGACAUGGAGGUUCUUUCGCCACGAUCAGCAAAUCUUCCGAUGGGCCCUCCAAAAGCCACGAGGAAGCCCAAAGUCGACUCCAAGCCAAAGCCAGACGUCAAACUUACCAAUCCCGAUCGCAUCGACGACAGAUGGAGACCUCCGCCUUCAAUAACAGAACCGGGCUCGUCGCCGGAGACCUAUAUAAUGGGCAAGAAGCUAGGAAAAGGAGGGUUCGCAGUUUGUUUCGAGGGAAAAUCAAAAACAACAUUCGAAGUAUUUGCUCUCAAGGUCGUCAAAGCAAAGGUUGAGCAGAAAAAGAUGAUGGAGAAGUUCCGAACUGAGCUUCAAAUCCAUGCCAAAAUGCACCAUCCAAACAUUGUCGAAUUCCUUCGUGCGUUCACCAUCGACGAACACACCUAUGUGGUCCUUCAGAUGUGCCCCAAUGGGAGUCUUACGGAAAUGGUCAAAGCUCGCUCCUGUCUCAGUCUACCUGAAGUGCGCCGGUACAUGAUCCAGAUUUGUGGAGGAGUGAAAUACAUGCACAAGCGAUCCGUUAUUCAUCGAGAUCUGAAAAUGGGCAAUAUUUUCCUGGACGCCCGAAUGAAUAUCAAGAUUGGAGACUUUGGAUUGGCUGCCGUUAUGGCAGAUGAGCAUGAUCGUCGGACAACACUAUGCGGUACCCCAAACUACAUCGCUCCAGAAAUUUUGAGCAAAUCAGGCAACCGUGGCCAUGACAACAAGGUUGAUACCUGGGCCAUUGGGGUGAUAUGUUAUGCCAUGCUCAUGGGCACUCCUCCCUUCCAGUCAAAGACACAACAGGAGAUUUACACUAAACUGAGGACGCUGGAAUACGAGUGGAGGAUCGACAGUAAGAAUUACAUUCCUCAACAAGCAAAGGAUUUUGUGGCUUCAUGUCUAAACCUCAACUCUGCUGAAAGACCGGAGAUGGAUGAACUUGUUGAGCAUGAUUUCUUCACCAUGGGAGCGAUUGCAGACGAAUUGGACACUUCUUGUCUAAGAGCGAAUCCAAUAUGGCUGGAAAAUGCCGACCCUCGCGGCGACAAAGUACAAUCAGGCUACGGGAUCAGUCACAGCAGAAUAUGCCGUGAAUGUGGCAUAGGCAUUGGUUCUGACGGUCGACCUCGCGCGGGAGUCGGCACUGGUUUGAACAUAUCGACACUGGUGGAAAUUGAGGCCGAAAAUAGAGAAGGGUGUGCACCAGUUGUCCCCUUACCACCAGGGACUCUGUAUAAACAGUUCUCAGACGCUCACGCUGAAUGGACAGCACGGCAGAAGCAUCCACUCCUUACAACACGCGUCCGCAGUCGGAAGCCUAUUUCAGAACAACCAGAACUGCUCCCUUCGAGAAUCGCCGAAGCCCAGCCAGAGGUAUUGCCAGUGGUGGCGCCCAUCGCUUCUUUACCACAGGCAAGUGCGACAUCUAGACAGUUUCAAAGCUUCGCGGCACAGCAAAGGCAGCAAGCACUGCCUUCAGGCGCAAUCCGAAGAGCUCCUAUUCCCCCUCAAGAAGAUAUGCCCAGGCCAGAACCACCGCAAAUUGUUGAGCUUCCUCUUCAACCUCUGUUGAGAGAACGGCCUAUACGAGCUGCCACCAUCCGUACAACGAGAAGCGCGGCUUUGCGAGAUCCAGUUCCCCAGAUGUCCAGGACACUACCGAGAUCGACGACUGCGCCUGACGGAAUAAAUGAGAUGAUGAAACAAGAACUGAGCCAGACCAGACCGCAGGUUCGGAGAAUCAAAAGCGGGAUUUCCACGACCACCUCGAACCCUGAGAGCCAACCAGCGAAGAGUAAUUCACGUUCGGUUGUGGUAACAGAUGGUACAACUACUCGCCCGAAGUCCUCCUCUCCUGAAUCGGCAGGGUCAACGGGAGACGUGCCUUCUCAUGUGCUACAGCCCACCAGUGGAAAUGACAGGCAAAGAGUGUCAGGGAUGGCAGAGAAGCAGAGACAAGCCAGCAACGAACAGAGACCACGGGCACGAUCGACGACGGACCGCGCCCACACAGUGUCUCUUCCGCAACAUCAACCUAGGAUUAUCGCGAGAACAGACCGCGCUACAUCGGUCCCUCAGUCUUCCAAUCUCGAUGUUCUCAACUCCCUGCAAAGCCUCCACAGGGCUCUUGACCAGCGAAUAUUUGAUGAGGCAGGAAGGCGCCCAAGAUCAGCGUACGGCACAAGAAAGGUCCGGACUCGGUCCACAUACCCUCGGGUUGACAAAUGGGUAGACUAUUCCACCCGGCAUGGUAUAGCAUAUAUCCUCUCCGAUGGCACGGUUGGCAUGAUUUUGAAAUCGGCGGAAGACAACUCUUUGCCGAGUAGCUGUGUGGUCGUGCGCAAUGCGAGCAGCCACACAAUCCGGCGGGCCAAAGGCCUUGAGUAUCAAUUUGUGCCUCAAGGUGCCAAUGCCGCGGACGUCGAAUUCUAUGAGCAGAGCGACUAUGAGACAGGGAUGAAACGGCUGGACGUCCCUGCCCGAAGAUUCCUGCUCGACCUUGCAGCACACCCAAAUCAAGUCGCCGCAGCCAACGCCAUUCAGAGUCGCUUAGAGGGCAGUGAGGCUGAGCGGAUGAAGGAGGUCGCGCUUUUGGACAAGUUUGGGAAAUACAUGAACAAACAGGGGAGGCAUGACGACUCGACCAGUGGGAGGGCGGCAGGCAAGAGCGAGCGCUUUGUGCACUUCUACCAACGAGUGGGAAAUGUUGGUGUCUGGAGAUUCGCAGAUGGCGGAUUGCAGUUCAACUUUCCCGACCAUACCAAGAUCACCAUCUACAGGCCGGCUGCGGAGGAGGAUGGCGAGGAUGGCCAGUACCGAGUCAAUUGCGUGUAUCUCAUGCCAACUGACGCCAUUGGACUUGCAAGCCACGGCGGACUAAGCGGGGAGGCCAUGGAACGUCGCGACGAAUUGAGCUUGCCAUUGGAAGAUAUCAUGAGCGAUACGCUACGUCGCUCGGAGAUGGAGAUUGUGCGCACCAACGAGAUCAAGGAGAAGCUCUGCUGGGCUCGCGCCGUCAUCGGAUGCUGGAUCAAAGAGGGCGGACUGGGCAAGAUGGGAGAAGAGAGGUUAGGCUGGAGCGGGUUACAAGAACGACGCGAUGACAAGAGGAUCAAGCUGCAGUGGGUGACGGUCGGGAGGUUUGGAGGCGAUGGCGACGGCCACGGGGCGAGCAAAGUUGGAAACAAGCAUUGAGCGGAGGUGUUUGGUGGUUUUGUUCAUGGGCUCAUCAAGCAAGCGUUGGUGUUUGGAGAGAGCGAGCAUGGAGCAUAGGGCAUAGCAUCCAGCAUCGAGUAUCGUACCGUCGGACUUACGAUGAUAUGCAAUAGAUCAAUCAUUACAUGGCUUGAUGGCUG